GCAACACAAUCUGAUGACGUUUAGCACAAUGGAAAACUUUGUUCUUAAGCAGAAGUUCUGUCUGACUGAACAUGAAAGAUUGUGUUUGACAGUAACCUAGCCACUCAAAUGAAUACGAAUUUGACUGUUCCAAUUAAAAGUUACAUCUACACAGAAUGGUCACUCAAAUGGCUAGUCUGUCUUAUACCUGGGGCUAUCAGUAUGGCCACCUCCAUCAUGGCUAUCCUUGGAGUCCUGUCAGAGCCUUGCUUGUUAUGGAAAGGGAAGAUUGUGUUAGCCUUGUUACUGCAUCCACUGCAUUUCAUAUUUUCAUUUGUAGUGCUCAUAUUUAGCAUGAUCAGCCUCAACGACAUACUGGACAAGGGAAUCUGCUUCCGACUGAUAGCCAUCGCUGUCGCCUCCCAGUGGGGCGUUAUCUUCAGCACUCUUGCCUUGUGCCUAGGGAGGGCAAUGCAGGUUGGCAGCUCUCACCUGGUACUGCCCAGCACGGUGGAGUGCAUCAUGGUGCCGGCUGCAGUGGUUCUGGUCCUCGUACUGCACAUCAUGACCAUAUUGCUGUCCGACCUGUCGCUGUCUAUCAAAAUGAUCCACCACAUUAAGAGUGAAACUUUAUGCCCCAUGUUUCUUAACUCUACAGGUGAGUUCACUAAACUAACCUGUUUCUUAACUCUACAAGUGAGUUCACUAAACUACAUGUUUCUCAUCUCUACAGAUAUGUUUCCAAGAAGAAUUAUGGGAUACAUCAUUAUGAUAGUGAAUUUGGUAGUCAUCGCCGCAAUCGUCGCCAUCGUGACAAACAUAAGAAAACAUCACUCAUCAGUGAAUCUGCGUGCAGCCUUGCAAGCAGGAGACAUAGCCCUUUUACAGCAGUACAUUCGCCCAUUCGAAGAACUGCCAGACCCUCACGCGAACAACAAUGCCUUGGCACAUCGUAGCAAUGAGUCAGACGACUCCAUCCUCCAGGAGGAAGUACAUCUGAACGAGGGAGAGGAGCCCAACGAUACGCCAAGUCAGACGACAGAGAUAGAGGGGACAUCUAGCGGAAGAUCCUGGUCACAAGAUUACUACGACAUCGAGAGAAGAAGACACAGGGCUCAAUCUCCUCCGCCCGGACAGGGCAGCGGGUUAGAUCAACCUGCAGAAUUAUGUCGGUUCCACCAGCUCCAUCGAGGGAGCGGCCAAAUACAGGGCUCUUACGCUGCUCCUCAGCCUAACAUUUUGAAUGAGCAACCAGUGCAACCCCAAGGUCAAGAUUUAGCAGACGUGCCUCUGCUCCUUCUGCCAGACAUCAUCUUGAGAGUGAUGUUUCCCCACCGGAGAACCACCAACAAACCCAGGUUUGCUUUCACCCAGGCUCACAGAACACGAAAUUUGACCUGGCCGCCGUCUCUAGAUUCAGACGUGACACUACAAGCUGGUAAGCCCUACCCGGUGGACAUAACGCUGUGCGUGUCGGGAGGUCUCUUUGUGUUGACCUACUUUCCUUUCGGUGUUUAUCUCAUUUUCACAAGUGACGAACCUGGAUACCCAUUUCUGGACACCUCCUUCCAACCAGUCGUUGUCAGCCUGCUUUUAAAAAAUGCUUUCGAGUCUUUAGUUUACUUCAUUGGCAGACAGUGUUUUCCAUGGUUAACGUAAAAGACAGUGUGUCCGAUGGUUUGACAAUGUUUUCCGUGAUUUUCCUAGUCAUCCUGUUUAGUGGUUGUCUCUCGAAUGCAAUUUUUUUUUCUGUAGGGCUCUCCAACAGUUUUCUUGAAAUAAACACUUGAACUAUGA